AUGGUGAAAAGAAAGCUUGGAGCCCUGGAAAAGGUCGAGGCUGACCUGCCUAACCUACAACACAAGAUUCGCAGAGAUCCCAAGUCAUACAUUGAGGAUUUCCGCGCGCAGCUCUACCAAUAUGAGUCGCACCGCGAAAUUUUCAUGGCCGCGCCUUCGGCCGCGACAGACACUGGAAUUAUCUCUCUGCGAGAGCUGAUUGACUUCAUCUCGCAUGUUGCCGACGCUUACCCGGAGAUCUUGAAGGACUUCCCGCAGCAGCUCAUCGAUAUGCUGAUGCAACACCACCUGGUGUUGGAGCCAGAGUUGAGAGAGAAGUUGGUCGGAAGUCUGGUGAUGCUGAAGAAGAAGGAUCUGCUCGAUUCCGCAACGCAUGUUCACCCAAUUUUCUCAUUCUAUCUUAUUUCUGGAAUCUAUGUUCUAACGAGUAUUCUGAAGAUCCUGUCUGAACUUCGGACUGCCAACACAAAGACGAAGAACCACAAACUCAACCGCACUAUGCAGACCGUCCUUUUUAACCUAGUCUCAUCUGAUCGCACCAGCUCCAAGGCACUCUGGGCCAUCAAAUUGGUCAGAGAGCUGUGGAAGCGUCAAAUCUGGACCGACGCCAAGACAGUCGAGAUUAUGAAGGAAGCAAGUUUGUCCGAGAACGAAAAGGUCAUCAUUGGAGGUGUCCGCUUCUUCCUCGGUGGCGACAAGGAGCGCGAGGAGGCCGAGGAUGAGAGCAGUGAUGACGAUGUCGAUGUCGGUCGUAUCAGGCACCAGCUUGGUAUCAACAAGAAGACCAAGAAGAAGGCCCGUGUAGCUGAGAAGGCCAUCUCCAUUCACAAGAAGAAGGAGAAGAAGAAGAAUCAACCGCACCCUCUCAACUUCUCCGCGCUCCAUUUGCUGCACGACCCCCAGGGAUUCGCCGACGCUCUGUUCACCCGGCAUUUGCAGACCUCCAAGGCUAAGCUGAACCUGGAGAACAAGCUCAUUGUCUUGCAACUGGUGUCUCGUCUUGUGGGUCUGCACAGGUUGCAUAUUAUGUCGCUCUACUCCUACUUCCAGAAGUUCCUCACCCCUCGUCAACCUUCCGUCACCUCAUUCUUGGCAUCUCUGGCCCAGGCGACCCAUGACCUGGUUCCUCCUGAUGUUCUUGAGCCUCUUGUUCAGAAGAUUGCCAACGAGUUCGUUUCUGAGGCCUCUGCUGGAGAGGUAGCCACCGCCGGUCUGAACGCCAUUCGAGAGAUUUGCGUCAGGCAACCUCUGGCUAUGAACGAGACGCUGCUGCAAGAUCUUGUCAUGUAUAAGAAGAGUAAGGACAAGGGUGUCAUGAUGGCUUCGAAGGGUCUUCUCAGUCUGUACCGGGAUGUUGGCGCGUCGAUGCUCAAGAAGCGGGAUCGUGGCAAGGAAGCCUCCAUGGGUCUCCGUUCCGGCGACAAGCUUGCCAAGCGAUUCGGUGAGCAGGAGAGCGGUGGUAUCGAGGGCCUUGAGCUGUUGGAGAAAUGGAAGGAGGAGGAGCGCCGCAAGAAGCGUCGCGAGAUGGGACUUCCUUCUGACGGUGAGGAUGACGAGGAGGAGGAUGAAGAAAACAACUGGGCCGCCUGGAACGUCGAGGAUGAUGAGGACAGCGAUGAUUCUGGCGAUUGGGUCAACGUCCAAAGCGAUGUUGAGAUCGAUCUCAGUGACUCCGAGGACGAGGGCAAGGCCCCUCCCAACAAGAAGAACAAGCAAGAUGAGGAAACCAAGAAGGACGCUGCAGCUGAUGCAUUGAGUGAAUUUUCCAAACUUGCCACCACAAAGAUUCUGACUCCUGCGGAUCUGGCCAAGCUUGCCGAGCUCCGUGCUGAGGCUGCUGUCGGUGCGGCUCUUCCAGGAUCGAAAUCUCGUCACGCCCAGGCCGCCGCUCGUCACAAUGAUGACCCCUUGACUGCAGAGGAGAUUGAGGGUCUCGCGCGCUUGUCUGCUGCUAAGCAGACGCGUGAGGAGCGUAUUGCUCACGCCCGUGAGGGCAAGACGGAGCGCUCCGAGCACAAGAGCAAGGAGGCUAAGCGUAAGGAGCGCAAGGAGGAACAAGGAAAGAGUAGCACGAACAAGGAAAAGGCUCGCCGGAAGAAUUUCCUGAUGACUAUCGGUAAGGCGAGAAGUAAGAACAAGCGCAGUUUGGUGGAGACGCGUGCUGUGCUCAAGGCGCAUCACGACCGACAGAAGAGAGGUGGAAAGAGAGGUAAUAUUGGAAAUUAG